AGGCAGUGAGAGGUUUUACUGUCUUGGGCUCCGUGAUCACGAAGAGUCGGACAUGACUAAACGACUAAACAACAAGAAAAGUGGAUUGCAUACAGAGGUAAGGAAAGCAAACCACGGUCAGGUGUUGUUUCCCUUGGGCCCAUCAUGUUCUGCAAGCUGUGCAUCAUCAGCCCCCUCUGAAGCGGCCAUUUUCCCAUUCUUCCGCCGGGGACUUUUCUCACUCCGCCCGCGACUUAUUCCACGCCGCUUUCCUUUCCCCACUUCCGACGUCGAAGCGGACGCUGCGCCUCUGGAGUCGCGCUGAAAUGACGUGUCCGAGAGGCGGCGCUGCGAGGGCGCGGGGUCCUGUUCUUGCACGUGGCGGCGGCGGCGGAGGGGUGACGAUGGCGCCUCUAACGGCGGGUGGCGGAGGUGGGCAGGUGGGUGGGUCGGGCCUGGGGCUGGUGGUGAAGAAGGGCUGGCUGGAGCCGCGGGUUAGCUGGGGAGGCGGGAGGGGGAAGAGGCAGCUGCCCCUCCCCCCAAAUCAAUAAAGAUCAAUAAAAAUGCAUAGCAGACAGAGGUUCUGCCCCCCCAGAAGUAAUCCUGGCUACGAUCAUGCGUGGCAGGGGCGAUGAAGAGGUGGAGGGCGGUGGUGGGGUUCCGAGGAGGAGGAGGGUAGGGUCGCCACUGGUGUCCUAGAAAAAUACAGGACAGGGAGGUGCGGGAGGGGGGCAUUCCAGUCCCGUAUAAUCUAAACAAGCCCCACUCUCUUGAGCAUAGCUGUCAACAUUUCCCUUUUUUUAAGGGAAAUUCCCUUAUUCUGAAUAGGAUUCCCCGCAAGAAAAGGGAAAAGUUGACGGCUGUGCUCUUGUGCUGCCCCCCCCAAAAAUUAUGAGUCUUUGUAAAUCGUGUUUCUAAAGGAACUUUUGUGAUUACCAAAUGCCAAUGUGUUUGCAUUAUUAAGUUUGUUAUGAAUAAAGCAUCAUUUUAAUAAAAUAAAAAAAAUCCUUCCAGUAGCCGGGCUCCCGCGCCUUGCAGAGAGUUGCCUGCAUGCCGAAGGCUGGACGCACUGAGCUCAGCGCGCCCAGGCUUCGCACAGCUCUCCGCAAGGCGCAGGAGCCCGGCGCUGGGUUCCCGCGGCUUGCGGAGAGUUGCCUGUUCUGGGGGCUGGGGUCGGGGGAAGCUCAGGCUUCCCCCGCCCCAGCCCCGCACCUGGGGGGGGGGAAUAAUUUUUUCCCCUUUAUUUCCCCCCCAAAAAACUAGGUGCGCCUUAUGGGACGGUGCGUCCUAUAGGGUGAAAAAUACGGUAUAAAGGGCCCCAUUACCUUCAGUAGCUUAGGGCCUCAUCAAACCUAAAUCCGGCCCCCCAAAAAAAUCUGGUGCUGAAGUGAUUUCAGAGCAACCCAUUACAAUCCACUGCAGCCUAACAGGAUGGCCCCUCUGGAAUUUGUCACAGCGCAUAGACGCGGAUUUGUCAAUCUACCUGCGCUUGGCUACCCAGAGCUUAAAUACAUGACCUUUCACACACCCUUUCAGACACUGAAUUUGAAGGGAUCCAUAACUUGGCGGAGAAAAGAGAGCUGAAAUACAGGACAAAACUAUCCCUACAGGACACAGAGUUUUACAUUGAAAUAUGGGACAAUCCUGUAUUAUACAGGACAGGUGGCAACUGUAGAGUGGGAGGUGGGCUUCUUUGCCCUGCCCUCCCCCAGUGCCUCUCCACUUGGGAAUUGGUAGGGUGAUGGUCUAGGGUGCUAAGACCCGCCUGGCCAAGGCAGGUGGUGUUCAGUAGCUUGUUCUUGGGGGGGCAUUGAUAGCAGGGGAGGGGUUGGCAGUAGAAUGGGGCUUGCCCCUAUGUGUGGCAUUACAUAGAGGACAGCUAUAACUUUUAAGAAGAGUUUGGAUUUGAUAUCCCGCUUUAUCACUACCCGAAGGAGUCUCAGAGUGGCUAACAUUCUCCUUUCCCUUCCUCCCCCACAACAAACACUCUGUGAGGUGAGUGGGGCUGAGAGACUUCAGAGAAGUGUGACUGGCCCAAGGUCACCCAGCAGCUGCAUGCGGGGGAGCGGAGAUGCGAACCCGGUUCCCCAGAUUACGAGACUACCGCUCUUAACUACUACACCAUACUGGCUCUCCUUAAGGGGGUUUAUCAGUAGCUGGGGAGGAGUUGGCGGAUGUAUGCCUAUGCUAUGCCACCCAGUGGCAGACAGCCCUAAAUGGCCUCGGCCCAGUAUACCUGAAGGAGCGUCUCCACCCACAUCAUUCUGCCCAGAAGCCAAGGGCCUUCUGGCGGUUCCCUUGCUGCGAAAAGCCAAGUUUCAGGGAACCAGGCAGAGGGCCUUCUUGGUGGUGGCACCCGUCCUGUGGAAUGCCCUCCCAGCAGAGACCAACUGCUCUUCCCAAAGAGAAGAACAACUAUCAGACUUUUAGAAGACAUCUGAAGGCAGCCCUGUUUAGGGAAGCUUUUAAUGUUUUUAAUAGGUUUUGUAUUUUAGUGUUCUGUUGGAAGCCGCCCAGAGUGUCUGGGGAAACCCAAUCAGAUGGGCGGGGUAUAAAUAAUAAAUUCUAAGGAUAAUGAUGAUACGUUGCCUCGUUGUUGCCCAAGAUAAGUGUGUAGCAAGGCAAGUUUAGGUCCACAGUAUUCUGCGUGAAGUGGUGGUGUAUUUGAAGAUGUCUCUGUCUAGAACCAAGUUUGUUUUGAUCGGCAUGUGUGUACGCCAGAGCUUUCCAAACUGUGUCGCGACACUUUAGUGUGUCAGCUGCAGUGUGUAGGGGUGUUGCGUGAAUGCUCCCUGCAAAAGGGGUUUGUUUAACCCCCCGUUUGCUAGUAAAACUGAUUCACUGUGCCACAAAAUGAAACACGUCUAAAAAGUGUGUCACCAACAUGAAAAGUUUGGAAAGCUGUGGUACAGGCCCUUUAGCUGAAUGACAGGUCCUGUUUUUUACGGUGUUGUCACUAGAUUGUGGAAUGCCCUUCCCUUUGCCAUACACGAUGAAGCAGCCGUCAUUUUGUUCACGUGUUUUGCGAAAGCUUCUUUUUGGCCUGGCUGUCCCAGACCCAUAAGAUUGGACUCUGUUUUACAUGUGUGAAUCCUCUGGAUUUCUCUUUUAUUUGAUUGUAUGUGCCUUUCUAUUGCUGUUUUAUAGGUUUUCAGGUGUGUUUUUCCCCCUUUUUGAAUUAUGUAUUUGGUUUCUUUAGGCCAGGCGUCCUCAACCUUGGAUCUCUAGAUGUGCUGGGAAGAAGCGAAUUUGUACCCUUCAAAGCUCUACACAGGACCAUGCACCAGCCUUCCUCACAGGUUUGCUCCCUUACCCAUCCACAUCACAGUGAAUGCUUUGGUGAAAGGGUGGGAUAUAAAAGUGAAAAAUAAUACUACACGUCGGAAUUCCGAGGGUUCUAGUCUUUUUCCUGAAGGAUACAUGAAUUGCUCAGUCAGUAAUUUUCUGUCUUGUAUUCUUUUGUAGGGCUCUUCGCUCUGUUAUAGGAGGCAAUGCUGAACGGUGUUAACUUCCAGUUCCAAGUUCCGUUUAGUCUUUCGCCACCUUCCUUAACGGUUUUUUCUACGUGCUGUGCUUCUUACGUGACAAAAUGCCGAAAAGAAAAUGUAGAUUUUCUGUCGAGCUACAGAGGAAGUAUACCUGUUUCAGAAGAGGUAGGGAUGACUUCGAAGGGGAAUGCCUGGUAUGUAGACCGGGUACGUUCGUCUCUGUGGCACAUAAAGGAGGACGCGACCUGCAAUCGCACAUGGACUCCGAGAAACACAAAAUAGCAAUUCGAGGAGAAGCUUCUUCAGCGAAAUUUGCAAACGUUUUGGUAAAACCCUGUAACAGCAAAUGGGAAGAUGAAGUGACCGCAGCAGAAGGGACUUUCGCUUUUCACACCGUCAAACACCACCACAGUUAUAAUGUGAUGACGUGCACAUCAGGCCUCUUGAAGACGAUGUUCCCAGAUUCCGAUAUUGCAAGGAAGUUUUCAAGUGCAAAAACCAAGACAGAGGCAAUUGUAAAUUCUGUACUGGCUCCCGAUUGUUUGGAAAACAUUCUGAAAAGCCUUGAAGAAAACGAAAUAGGUUAUUGUGGCGUUUCUACUGACGCGAAUAACCACGGUCCGGUCAAGGUGGUUGCAAUAGUUAUUCAGUAUUUUGACUGGAAAAGUGGCGGUUUGCAGUCCAAAAUAAUUGAAAUGAAAAGCCAACCCAACGAGAGUGCAGAUACAAUCUUUUCGUACGUGAAGGAAACUCUUGAGAGUAAAGGACUGCUAAAGAAAUGCAUAGCGUUCACAGGUGACAACUGCAACACAAUGUUUGGAGGGACACAGCAGGAUUCAGAAGGGAGGAGUGUGUUUGCAAAGUCGAAGAGUGAGCUGGAUAACAAAACUUCAAUUGGUGUGGGAUGUCCAGCGCACAUUUUGAAUAACUGUGUCCAUCAGGCAGCAGACACGUUGGACGUCGACGUUGAGAGCAUCAUUUUCAAGAUAUACCAGUAUUUUCAUAUCUAUAGAGUCCAAACGGAGCAGUUAAAGGAGUACUGUGAAUUCGUGGACACUGAAUACAAAAAGCUGCUGUCCCACAGCAAAACACGCUGGUUGUCGUCCUUUCAAGGCAUCACUAGACUCAUUCAGGUGUUUCCAGCCGUCAAGGCCUUUUUCCUCUCGCAGAAUAAACCGCCAACAGUUUUGCAGGAGUUUUUUGAGCAUGAGCUUAGCGAAGCUUACUUAUUGCACCUGCAGUCUCUUAUGAGUAUGUUUCACUCCUACGUUUUAGAACUCGAAAGGGAGAAUAAUUCGGUUGUGGAGAUUCUGCAAGUUCUGCUUUGUGUCCAGAACAUGCUCGCUGAGCGCAGGAGCAACAGCUUCAUGUCCCUCAAGGUCAAGAGCCUUCUGAAAGAGAAGCGUGAGGCGGGUCUCGGCGUGGAGUGUGACAAAUUCUGCGCAGAGGUCAAUAGCUUCUAUGACAGCUGCAUAGAGUAUCUGGAAAAAUGGAUGGAGCCCAUGAAGGAGUUUUCAUGCUUCAUGUGGAUGUCUCUUAGUGAGUCGCUAGAGUGGGACAAAGUAGGACCUUCCAUAAAGUUUCUCCUGGACAGGGAUGUGUCCAUAGAUGAGGGGAAGUGCUUCGAUCAAUUCUGCAACCUCGAGAAGUUUGUGGAUCAGUUUAAAGGCGACGACGAGUUCAUUAAGCUCCAGGCACACCAGAAAUGGACCAAGUACUUUGAGACUUCCAAAAACGUUAUGUGCCACUCGGAACUUUUGAAGAUGGCCCAGGGUUUUUUUGCCCUCGCGUCGCAUCCUGCAAACGCGGGGUUAUCUUUCUCUCUGAGCAAAGAGAGAGGCAACUUAUCCUUGGACUCGCUGCGAAGCAUGGUGCUACUGCAAUAUAAUUACAAGCACAUUACUUGCAAGGAAUUUCACGCUUAUCUCUUAAGCAAUAAGCAGCUGUUGAACAAGAUCAGAUCUACAGAGAAAUACGCUUGGGCCAGACAGCGUCGGACAGAAGAACGAAGUGCCUCUGAAAGUGUUUCAUGAAUUUCAUACAGCAUACCGAUGUAUUGAAACACAUGUUCUAUUUUUUAUUGUAAUUUGAGCACAUUUACUUUCACAAUUGCUUACGUAUUCGAUUAUAACCACUUCGAUCGUUUGUAUUACUAUUAUUUUAAAAUGAGUCAUCAUAGCAAUCCGUAGUUAAGGAUAGAAGUCAGGAAAUGUGUAUUCUUUUUCACUCUUCAUAUUGCAUCCCUUUAUAUCUUGUCGUUUCUGUAUACAUUAGCAGGAGACGCUUCCCCAAGAUGGCUGUCCCAGCUCAGAUUGACUAGGGCUAGUUUGUUUAUUUGACAUAAUAGAGUGGGAGGGCAGCAGGGUGUGAUUGAUUGCCUUUGGUUAACUGCAGUAAGAUUUGCUUGCAUGUUUGGAGUUGGGGGGAGGAAGAAGAAGAAGAGGAGUUUGGAUCUGAUAUCCCGCUUUAUCACUACCCGAAGGAGUCUCAAAGCGGCUAACAAUCUCCUUUCCCUUCCUCCCCCACAACAAACACUCUGUGAGGUGAGUGGGGCUGAGAGACUCCAAAGAAGUGUGACUAGCCCAAGGUCACCCAACAGCUGCAUGUGGAGGAGCGGAGACGCGAACCCCGUUCCCCAGAUUAGGAGUCUACCACUCUGAACCAUUACACCACACUGGCUCUGGAUGGAUUGUUGGGUCAAGUAAAGCACAUUGAUUUGUAUGCUGUUGGUGGAUCCUUGUUGACUAUGGCUAGUUUUUAAACGCUGCACCGAUAAACUAGUUUGGGCCAACACUUUUCAAAACGCAACAGGCAAAAUAGCUGCCUUAAACAACAGCGAUUGGGCAUUGGGAAUGAAUAUACAGCGGCACCUCGGGUUACAGACGCUUCAGGUUACAGACUCCGCUAACCCAGAAAUAUUACCUCAGGUUAAGAACUUUGCUUCAGGAUGAGAACAGAAAUCGUGUGGCAGCAGCAGGAGGCCCCAUUAGCUAAAGUGGUGCUUCAGGUUAAGAACAGUUUCAGGUUAAGAACGGACCUCUGGAACGAAUUAAGUUCUUAACCCGAGGUACCACUGUACAAGCAUUCUCUGCUUGGCGAAAUUCUCUCUCUAAGUUGUCUCGUGCAGAAGCUGCCUGGAUAUUAAGAUCUGCAGGACAAAGCUUCCUGUAGCAUCAGGUCAGGCUGGGAAAGGACACCCUGCUGUUGUUAACUUUGCUGUCUGGUCUUUGACCAUAAUAAAGAAUGAUUGAUUGUCCUGCCCGCCGUCUGAAGCAUCAAAGAGAUGCUGCUAGUCAGUGUAGACGAGACCAAGGAAGAUGGACCAAUGGGGCAAUUGCUACGCCCCUCUUUAAAUCAGCCCUUUAUUCACUCAGAACCAUGUGGACUAGAAUCAUACUAUUAUAUUUGAGGGCAGGGCUGGAGCUGAGUGGUAGGGCAUCUGCUUUGCAUGCAGAAAGUUCUGGGUUUGAUCCCCAACGGCAUCUCCGGGUAGGGCUGGGAAGAUCCCCUUCCUGAAACGCUGGAGAGCUGCUGCCUGUCUGUGUAGACAGUACUGAGCUAGGUAAGCCAAUGGUCUGACUCAGUAAUGCCGCCAUUCCUUUUGUGGAAUGGAUGCGGGGCGUGCAAGAAAUUUGCAGUAUGUGGCCUGCUCCUUUCGGGGUGCCAGCCAGCCAGCUGUGACCUUCCCAAGGUACUCCAUUCCCUCCUUCCUUGUUUUCGCCUGGCUUCUAAAGACAUGCAAUGAUGGCGCCAGGCAAGCCUUUCCAGGGACAGCGUUUCGCUCACGGGAGCCACUGCAGAAAAGGGAAGAUGGGAGCCAGACUCCAACCACAUCUAGAAGGCCACAGGCUCCCCAUCCCUGUCGUAAAGGUAAAGGGACCCCUGACCAUUAGGUCCAGUGGCGGACGACUCUGGGGUUGCGGCGCUCAUCUCGCUUUAUUGGCCGAGGGAGCCGGCAUACAGCUUCCGGGUCAUGUGGCCAGCAUAACUAAGCCGCUUCUGGCGAACCAGAGCAGCGCACAGAAACGCCGUUUACCUUCCCGCUGGAGCGGUACCUAUUUACCUACUUGCACUUUGACGUGCUUUUGAACUGCUAGGUUGGCAGGAGCAGGGACCGAGCAACGGGAGCUCACCCCGUCGCAGGGAUUCGAACCGCCGACCUUCUGAUCGGCAAGCCCUAGGCUCUGUGGUUUAACCCACAGCGCCACCCGCGUCCCUGUCUUACACCUGCGCAAAUGCAUUAAUGCACCAUCCCCGUUUGGCUGAGGACAGGUAUGAGGAAUCUGUGGACCUCCUGGUGUUGCCAAACCACAACUCACACCAUCCCUCCAUAGCUCAGUGGGUGAGAGCAUGUCUAUGACCCCCUGAUCACUGGCCAUGUUUGCUGGGGCAGAUGGGAAUUGGAGCCCAAGAACAUCUGUCCUUCUCAGGGACAUGGAGAAUUAAAAACAUGGAGAAUUAAAAAUGGGAUACCUGUGGGAAAGGCCUAGGAAAAGUCACUGCAACAGGAUAGAGAAUGGGCAUCAUGCCCAAACCAUACAUUUAAAGUGCAUUCAACACACGGCUUUCCCCCAAAGAAUUCCAGGAGCUGUAGUUCGUUAAAAGGUGCUGGGAAUUGUAGUUCUGUGGGGGUGAACUAUAAUUCCCACAAUUUUUGUUAUGUUUUUGUAGAAGUCAUGUGCAUUCCAUGUGCGCUGCAAUAGCUUUGAAUAUAUAGCGUGGCUAUGACUAAAGAUGCAUUUUUGUUUUAUUAUUUCCUCCUUUCAUAAAAAAUUAUACACUUGCUUGAUCGUAAAAUAAACCUCAAAGAGGUUCACAAGCUAAAAACAACUACAGCACAGUGUUUGAAACAUUCUUCAAAAAAUUAAAACCGGCAAUAAACUAAAAAGAUUGAAACACGCACCAGUGUUCUACAUAUCUGGGUACGAUGCUCUAAAUCAGCCUUUCUCAACCUGUGGGUCCCCAGAUGUUGGACUACAACUCCCA